GUGGCUUGGUUUGAGUGCAUAGCCACUGUUGAUGAUGUUGUGCAUGGGUCUCCAUGGUAUUACAUUGGAUGCGGUGUUUUCCAUACUAAGGCCAUCAAAGGGCCUACCACUCUUAUGUACCUGACGAAGCUAUCGGUCUAUGACAACAAUGACCAUGCGUCUUUUGUGCUCCUUGGUGAUGCUGGGCUUGUGCUGAUUGGAAAACAAGCUUCAGAAUUGGUGGAAAGCUACGUUGAGAUAAUUACAGACCUAUCCAUUAUAUUGUCCCGUAAGUUCAUCCUCAAGGUCUCUAAUUACAAUUUGACUGGCAAGACCCAGUCUUUGACAGUCACUAAGGUACUCACUCCUAAAGCUCAAGCGUCUGAAGGGGACUUGGGAGAAAACGUGGUUGCUCCUGCUGCUGAAGAAACUUUGCAUAUGGGUAAACAUGAGGAUGGUCCUUCCAUUGGACAUAAAGAAUAUGGAGAUGAAAGUGUGAAAAGGAGUUCAGAAAUGGCUGAGAUAGCUGAAAGAAAGCGUCCAAGAUGUGGCUAA